AUGUCAGGACAACAAGAGAUGUACAAUCAUGCGAGGGACUUUCGAGAGAAAGUAUGUUGUGAAAAACAUAGUUUAGUUUACUUUUAUACAGUCGAUUUGACACUCUUGACUUUUUAGUAACGCCGUAAUAUUGUUGCGUUGUGAUUCUGUAUAGGUCAGCAAUUGCAUAGAUUCGAGCGAAGAGGUAAUGAACUUCUAUCAAGCACUGAAGUCAUAUAAUAGGUAAGCAAGGAGCGAUUGCAGGCUAUUGCAGAUAAAUUUUUGCUAGCUAUAAAUACUACAGUACUGCUUAAUAUCGGCAGAUUAGAUAACAAUGUAAAUAUAAUCAACCAUUUGUUCAUAGGUCUUAAUUUGUGGCCAAAAAGUAACAAAUUAUCCUAAAUCAGGUUUCAAGAAGAGUGUCUGAAUUUUAGCAGUGUGUGCUGUUAGAUUGGCUUAAUUUUUAACGGGACAUAGUUUAUAUUCGUUUCAAGUUUGGCUUUGUUCUAGUUCACUUCUGCAUUUAGAACAAUUUGUGGUGUUCCCACCAGCAGGAGAUCAAAACCAUGAAUUAAUUAUUAAACUCAAGCAGAGUAAACUUAACUAAUUAAAGUUUCAGACCUUGUACAUUAUGCAUCUAAGCAUCUUUGUUCUGAACCUUCAAUUUUGUGUGAUACAUGUUGCCCGGGCAGCAGCCAGAGUGAAUGCAUGCCUGAGCAGGCAUCUUGUUUAGAAUGGAUCUUAAAUUAAGACUUUACAUUUCAAAAUCAAGCUUAACUGCCAGACUCACUAUAAUUAUAGAUUAAGCAUAGUUAUCAACCCUUCUCAGAUCCUACUGGAGACUCCAGUGCAACUUUAUUUUUGCCUGAAAAUGCCAUUAGCAUGUUAGGCAGGCUCUUCCGAUUUUGAAACCACCCAUAUUAGAGUUCCCGGCCAGCAAAAUAUUAAAUUGCAAAAGUUACCAACUAUGACUGUGGUCCUUUUCCAUGCAUGCCAGUACUAGGUGGAACAUUUGAGUUAGUCCUUAGAAGGUUGCAUUAAGUUGAACAAAGUUUGCCAUGAUAAUUCAAAGGUUGAUUUGAUCAAAUCUCAAACUUAAGUAUAAUUAAAUUGAACUUAAUUGUUAGAUGCAUGGGAUAGAAUUAUUUACGAUAGACCUUAAUUACUUUUUACCAAAUGCUUUAGAUGCAAUGUACUCAAAUGCAAGGUUUGACACUGCAUGCCUAUUGCGAGUUGAGCAGGGCUCAAAAUAAUGUUUCAGUUAUGCCGGUCAUGGUGACCAGUCAGUUUCAAUUGUGACCGGUCAAAUGCGAUUUCUGGCAACUCCCAUGAGACCCCACGAAUACUCACCUCCCUGCAAUGCAUUGCCCCCUCAUUGUAUUAAUUAAGCAACAAUUAAAUUCCAGCUUGUGGCGCUCUUAUUAAUAACUUCAAUUGUGAUUGUCAAUUCUGUUGAUGCCGAGAUGCAUGCAGUAUAAUUAUAACACAAUUAAAGUUUAAGUAUAAACUUUGUCAUACAGUAUCUUAAUUUCAAUUUGGUCUAUUAUAAGUUAUCUGACUAGCAGUUGGCGUAAGAAAUUCAACAACUUAAAUUCAAAUGAAAAGUUUAAUAUGAAGAAAAUCCUUACAUGAUAAUAUUUAAUGGUCCAUAGCAGCACAAUAAUCAAUAUUGUUCCCAGAGCUAAAAUGUGGUUGGUCACUAUGGCCAGCAUGGUACAAAUUUGACCAGUCAUAUUAAAAAGUUGGCAGGUUAUAUUAUAAUAAUAGGUAUGCAGUGCAUACAUGUUGCUUGCCAUCAAGACCAUGAAACCUCAUGACUCGGAAUACUAUACAGAAUCCAUCUCCAUUGUUUUCUGCGUAAGUGCUAUUCGUCAUGAUUCGUCACUCCGCAAGUACCGUAAACAGAAGCAAUCAUCCCCCUGGCACAGAACAAAGACACACAGAAGGUCGACUGGAGUAACCGCUGCCAGGUCCCAGCCAGUGUGUACCCAACAGCCAUCCCCCCCCCUGGGCGUCCCCCAUUUUGAAUAUCAUCAGGGGUGUGGAUACUUCCAAAACGCACACCAGGAAGGACCAUGGCAUCAGCAUUUAGAUGAUGAAUUACGGUCACACCAAAAUCAUUGGAAAAUCAUAGGAAAAACCAAGAAAUCGUGCUUCUGUAUGACUCAUUUUGUGCCCUGGUUAUGAUGCACUACUGCUUAGGGAGUGGUCAUUAUGAAGACGGGCCAUGGGUUAGGGUUAUGGUAGGACAAAUGUUGCAUUGCAAAGAAGUAACACAUAAUAUAUAUUUUUUAAUCAUACAGUAUAUGGUUGAAUCAUAUUCACCUGAGGAUAAAACAGGUAGAUUAAACAGAUUGUCCUAAUAUCUAACUUUACCUGUUUCAUUGCUGUUAAUUUUUCAAUUCACACUGGGGGGGGGGGGUCAGAAAAGUUUCUACUUUUAUGAGGAGGGAGAGGCAAAAAGUUUGCCUUCAGUCUGGAGGGGGGGGGGGGUCAAAAAAGUAUUCAGUCCUUAUUUUCCCCACUUACUAACUCCCUCCCCAUAAAUAAUGACCACUCCCUUAUAACUUUUGGUACAACUGGCCUGAAAUUUUAUAAAAUAUUGAUUCAAUAAGUUUAAUAUCAAUAUAUUUAUUGAAAAAUAGCUAUUAUGUCAAAAUAAGAAAACUUAAAGCCCGGCGCACACUGGAGAUAUCAGCUGAGCUGAGCGUCACUUGUGACUGUUGGCAUAAGCAAGUUCCCCCAGUGUGCGGUGGUGUUUUGAGCGAUUUCAGCCACACGUGCCAUCGGCACCGAAUAUUCAACAUGUUGAAUAAUUUCAGUCACAAAUGAACAUUUCCCCCAAGUGUGCGCGCUCGAAAAGCUAUCACCUUCCAUUGUAGAUCGAAUUAGACUUGAGCAACAUUCCCCCCCUGACGAGUAAAAUCGUCUGGCAUUUGACAGAGUAAAAUAAUAAAGUAGGACGCAUCCGGACCCAUUGUCACUUAAAGGGUUAACAGGGUGCAUAGGCAGAUAAUCUGAUUAACCCAUUGAUUGGCAGCAUUCUCCCCCUGACAAGUAAAAUUGUCUGGCAUUAGACAUAGUAAAAUAAUAAAGUAGGCGCAUCCGCGUGCAUUGCCACGUAAAGGGUUAAUCAGAUUAUCUAUUAAUGCCAGAUUAUUUCAUUUUCUCUAAUGCCAGACAAUUGCACUCACAAAGGGAGUGCUGGCUGGGCGGCGCCCAAUGGGUUAAUUAAUUAUCAACUAUAGAUCAAUGUAACAUACAGAAUAUGUUUUCUAUCAUUACAGUGUCAGGAAUGUUGACAGGUUAAUUACUGAUCUGCUGGCAAUUAUUAAUACACCAAAGAGACACAUCCUGUUUGAUGAAGUUGG